UGGUUAUGGUGGUAAUCAUCUUUUUUGACCCCCAAGUUGGGAAACACUGUUGUAUAGAGUUGCAACAGAAGCUGCAUGGGCAAUAAGAAUACAGUACUGCAACUGUAAGCAGAGGGUCUGAGGAGCAUGCAAAUACGCAUCAAGGGGUCAGUCCAUGUACAUUACACACAUUCAAAUUCUGAUUUAAUUGUUGAUACUUGUGAUAAUGAUUUAUCAAAGGCAUAGAAAGCUGCAGGUAAGUUGUAGUUUGAUGUUUUGGUUUCUUUUGAGCACUGAGUGAUAAUAAUGUGGUCUCCACAUAAGACAAACAGUCUUUGCUUAAUCAUAUAAAAAUGUGCAUGACUUCUUCAGUCUGACAAGUUUCGCUGUGUCAGAGACAAUGCAGAAUCCAGGGGCGAGUCAAAACAGACAGAACUCAUAAAAAACUUAAAAUACGUCAAAAAGCAUUUUUUAUACUUGUAAGACCUCUGCAGUUCCAAGAAUAGUAGGUCUGUUUUAAUUUCCUUUACAGCACACAGUAACACUAACCACUUGACUAAAGUUACGAUAUGCUUCAUAUUAUAUAACAGAUUUAUCUUUCAUGUAAGAACACUGGAAGAAAAGCUAAGUCAGCAUAUAGUAAAAGUUGGUGAAAGAGAAAACAGAACUUUCUGUGAGAGAUAACAAAAGUUCACUGCCUAUAUUAUUAUGUACAGUAGCUGUGCUGGAAACAGCACACUGUACUUCGUUAAAGCACACUAAAAGUUAUUCCAUUAUGACCAUUAAAAAAAAAAUAAGUUGGUGAAAGGUGUUGAUCAAUGAAUACUGAGGCAACUCUUGGCCUCAGGCCAAUGACGAAAGCACAUUGUAUGAACGUGUCACAGUGACAGAGAAAGUUACAGGAGUGAUAUAUCUGGUUAAAUAAUCACAAGACUGGCCUUUCUAUCUAAAUGCUGUCUCUUCCUUCUUGAAAAUACAGUCCAGGGUUUAAACAUUAAUAGACAUUGUUUAAAGGUCAUCCUCUGGCCACAUCUUUAAACUGAAAGUCAGCUCCCUGAACAUGGCUGAUUUUGGAGAGAUCCUCCGGAACAUCGGAGAGUUUGGAUUAUUUCAGAAGAUCACCCUUUUUGCUCUUUGCUUUCCAAAUGUUAUUCUGCCUUUUCACUUUGCCAGUGUGUUUUUUAUCCAGUCAGAUCCAGAGCGACACUGUAACACACACUGGAUCCUACAGGCUGACUCUAACCUGACCACAGAUGAGCAGCUGAACCUGACUUUGCCCCAGAAGGACGAUGGGACCUUCAGCAGGUGUCAGAUGUUUGUCCCUGUGGACUGGGACAUUGGUGCCAUCAGGGAGUACGGACUCAAUGAGACCACGGGGUGCCAGAAUGGAUGGGUGUACUAUAACAUGCUGUAUGAAGCCACCAUCGUCACUGAUUUCGAUCUAGUUUGUGACCAGAGUAACUUGUUGGAAGUGGCACAAACAGUGUUGAUGGCUGGCAUUCUUGUUGGUUGUCUCUUAUUUGGACCUUUUGCUGAAUCGUUUGGUCGUAAACGAGCAGCUCAGAUUCCAGUCAUUGUAAUGCUCAUAUUUACUGUAACAACUGGACUGUGUCCCAACUUCUAUUUAUAUUUGGCAUCCCAGUUCAUGGUGGGAAUAGGUUAUGGAGGUUAUCGACUGAACGGCGUCAUAUUGGCCACUGAAUGGAUCGGGGUGUCAAAAAGAUCAUGGGGGGCAUGUGUGACUCAGCUAUUUGGUGCAGUUGGACAGUGCGUCCUCGCUGGUAUGAUCUACUUCAUCAGAGACUGGAGACUGGCUCAACUAAUCACAGCAGUGCCAUUUGCAGUGAUUGCUAUUUACAUAUGGUUUAUUCCAGAGUCAGCCAGGUGGUUGUUGGAAAGAGGAAGGACAGAAGAGGCUAAACAGCUGAUUGCCAAAGUGGCAGCCAUCAACAAACGCACUGUUCCAGACUCUCUACUGGAGAAGAUUGUUGAGAAAGAAACUGAGAAAAAGGGAGGCAUAAUAAUUCUUAUCCAAUCAUCUGUGCUUAGGAAGUAUUUCUUAACCAUAAUAUUGGCAUGGUUCUCAUUGAAUGUUGCUUACUACUGCCUUUCAUUCAAUGUGGGUAAUUUUGGAUUGGACAUCUUCCUGACUCAACUCAUGUUUGGUCUGACUGAACUACCAGCUCACAUACUUUGCAUCUGGCUGUUAGAAGCACUGGGGAGAAAAGUUUCACUGAUGUCGACACUUCUGUUUGGAGGAUUCCUGUGCAUAUUAAUCCUCGCUGUUCCUCAAGGUAAUGCUGUUGCUGUGACCACGUUAGUAACCUCAGGACGUUUUUUCAUAAACUGGGCGGGAUCCAUAUGCAAUGUGUAUGUUCAGGAGCUGUUCCCAACAUCUUUUCGACAAACAGCCUCUGGUUUGGGGUCCAUUGCAAGCAGAGCUGGUGGCCUGCUGUCUCCGUUGCUCAACAUGUUGGCCAUGUACCACUGGUCCAUACCCACCAUAGUCUUCAGCAGCCUUACACUGAUCAGUGGAGCCCUCUGCUUCCUGCUUCCUGAGACCAGGAGGAAAGAGCUUCCUGAUUCAACUGAUGAGGCUGAGGGCAACAGAAAUAAGACAACUCCGAAGAACCAAAGUGAGGCAUACGAGCCAGCACAAAGCAAAUCUACCAAACUCUGAAUACCAACUUUCCUGUUGUUGUUGAUAUUCAUGAUGGUAAUUCUGUUUGUCCACUUUGGUCCAAGAAACUAUGAGCCACAUUUGCAUGAAAUUUGCUACAGAUAUGAAUUGUUUUCAGAAUAAAUCCUAAUGUUUUUCUGACUCUGUCAUCGCAGGGCCAUAGACCUUUUUCACAGCAGCUAUUUUGACAUGAAAUAGUAGGGUAAACGCAGGUGUUACCCAUGAUACUAAUCAAUCCGUUCCAGUUAGUGUAGCAGAGUCUUUCCAGUGAGCCGACAUGUACAUUAGCACACAAACAGCAGUAACUGUUUCUACAUAUUUUCAGGGUCAUAGUUCGUGACUCUGUUUGACCUGAAUGGAACUGGACCUUAAUUAGUAUCACUGGUAACACCUGUGUUUACUUCAUUAGUACAGAUGUUGCACAUCCUCACUGGGGUGUAUGAGCCUUCUGUAUGGCAGAAGAUCAUAUUCAUUGUGCUAUGUGAAUAAAUGCUGAAUAUUGACCUGUACUAUCUACAAAUAGAAACAUUUUCAACACAGAAGAAUUGGUCAACCGUCACAAAAGUGGACAUCUUAGCCUAUUAUGCCCAUACAGACAAAUCCUUAAGUAAUAUUAAUCUACUUAGAGAUAAAAAAUUUUGUAGUGGUGUUAAUUGUAAGGAUGUGUAGCAUAGGAGACAUCUAUACUCCAUUUACAGUAUAAUGAUGUAGUAGGUGCUUUGUAUGAAGGCAGUAAGCUCUACUUCAAGCAUAAAAAUAAGACAUAUAACAUCAGACCUGGUUGAAACAAGCAUGUAGUUGUAUCAUGGAGAAGCCUUUAAAUAAUGGGCAAUGGCAAGUAGACCAAAACAAGGAGCUUACUAAUGCAAGAUAUAAGCAGGCAGGACACAUUUGAUGCUAAAAAUCUUGUUACUUUCUAUUGUUUCUGUUUCCAUUUUCUUUUCAAAGGUUACCUUGUUCUGUUUUCUUAUAGAAUACACUUACAAUACUUCUUACUGACAUCUCUUUUCUCUUGCUUUUAUUUACAUAUUUGGUAUUCAAAAGUAAUGGAAAGUAAUCAAGUUACAUCACUUUAAUAUCGUGAUACUUGGAUUAGGUUACUGACUGUAUUUUUUUUAAUAGGUUAUUAGUAAUUGUAUUGGGUUAAAUUUCUAAAGUGACCCUCCCAACCUUGGAUAUAAGUAUGCUAUUUGCUUAUUUUCUAAUGAGCAGGCUAUGAGGGCUGAUUCCAUGGCAACUACUAAACAACAAAGCUACUGGUUUCUUUAAAGAAGUGAACUGUAAAACAUCUCUAACGUGUACUGAGAUAGAAAUUCUGUAACAAACAAUACUGCUGAGUAAUGGCAGCAGUAUAAUAGUACCUUAUUCAAAAGUGAUUUGUAUAAUGAGGACAAUAUAGAGAAUAAUGAUUAAAUGGUGAUUAUGUCACAUGAGUUGUACCAAGCUAUAAACAAGCUGUCUGAUAACAAAGCAAGUGGUUUAGACCAUAUUACUGCUAAAACCUUUAAAGGUCCAGUGUGUAACAUAUAGAGGGAUCUAUUAGUAGAAUAUAAUAUUCAUAGGGUUUUUUUUCAUUAGUGUAUAGGCACCUGAAAUAGGAAUUGUUUGUUAGAUUGGAUUGAGCUGUUUUUAUCUACACAGCCACCGUAGGUUCUCACACUUGCUUGGAAGGAGAGAGGAAAGUAUUGGUGUUAUGAGUUGGUUGCAAUCUACAACUUCACCAUACUAGAUGCCACUAAAUCCUAUACAUUGGACCUUUUUAAGUUAAAAAGUCCAGUGUAUAUAAAUAAACCAAUAAAUAUACUACUUCAUGCAGAAAAAUUAAACAAAUUCUGGUAUCGUGGAAAACACAUUUCAAUACUAAAAGUAUUAAGUUAAAAAACAUUUUCACUCUUCACUAUGUAUUAUGCAAUUAUUAAAUGUGAAAAUGUUUGCAGAAUAGGGUGUUGCAUAUAGAUUAUUAAAAACUUUGUUUUAUUUCUUUUUUACUGUUGUGGGGUUUCACUGUUUGGAGGGUGUCAGUCAGUUAUUGUCAGUGGUUUCAAACAAGCAGCAACUGAGCAAAGCUGAAAUUAUGCCAACGUGGAAGUUACAAAAACUGCAGUUCCUUGAACGGCCACUUGAGGCUGCCUGUAAAAGUGAGGCCUACAUAGCCAAUGUCUAUUUCCAGACCUUUUAAUAGGAUACAUAGUACAGUGAGUAAGUUUAUGAGGUACGCAUGGCUUUUCAAUAAAACAAUUCUGUAAUACUUUUAUGAAGCUUGUAAUGUUCAGUUGUUAAUGCUGUCCUUUUGUUAUCUGCUAUCAUUUACUGUAGCCACAGUUGAGCCCCCUGGCUUGCUAGCUUGUUUAAGCGUGCUUCUUAGCUAAAUAGCAACUUAAUAUUUUAUCCAACAACUAAAAUUAAUAAAUGCUUUGGGAAACUUUUUUCUGUUCAGAGUGCAGAAUUAGCUAUUAGCAUCUAAUGAUCUCAUCAGAGCCAUGGAUUUUAAUAAAGUGAUGAAGAGGACUGCC